UUGUAGGUUGAAGAUCACUCCUUUUGUCGUUCAUCGUGUUCCUGCAUACAGGUCGGUGUCGGAAAGGGACUUCUCGACCCGAUCCCUUCGAUGCUUAAGCUAGCAAGAGUUGGAGAUGGGAGAGUUGGAACGUGCGUGUGUGCCAGGUCCUCCCCCAGCAUUGUUCCUGAGGGUAGCUUUUAUACUUGUUCCUGCGUGCGAUUGUAGCAGCCUUAAUGAUCCUUGGUCGUCAUCGUACGCGGGUAUUUAAUACCCGCUGACGUCGCGGGUGGUUGGCCCGUAUGUGGGGUGCAGGCGCCGUCUGGUCUACUCAAUGUAGUCUCGUUCGGUGCUGCUUCCUGCCUUUUGUGUGGCCCGGUACAUGGUCGCGUCACCCCAUAUAGCCUGGAGCGAAGUGGGUGCAAAGGGAUGGCAUCAAGUGACUGACUAGCCUCGGGCUCAUGAUGUUGAGUAGGCUCUGCCCGACACAUUGGCUUAGGGACAUCAUGCUAAGUCUUCAUAUCGUGGUUGAAAUAUGCUAUAUCAUUCUCUCCCCCCUAAAGGAGUUAUGCCACAGGAGAAUCGUGGGGCACGAGUUGGGGCUUCUGUGGGUCGAGUCCUCAGUCCCAUUGACUGGGUGGAUUACCUCGUCGCAAGUUUGGUCUUCGGCAAGGAUUGGCUGAGGCAUGGUCAGGUGGGCCGAGCAAGGUGUGCUCGAUAGGGAUGGCUGAUACAGGGUUGGCGAAGGCUAGCUGGGGCGUGGUUUUUUUGUGAUCAACUAUUUGCAAGGCGGAUGGUGUCCCUUCGUUGGGGUGUCUGCUUGUUUUGAUUUGGGGCGGUGGAUCGUUUGAUGUAGGAUUGGUUUGAUUGCUCUUGAGCGGGAUAAUGUAUUUGUUGGGGAGUUGGGUUCGAUCGCGUUGAAGCGAAUGAAUGGUCCUGUUGGGAAGUUCGGCUCGACCACAUUGAAGCAGGAGAAUGCACCUGCCGUGAGGUCUAUUCAACCGCGUGGAAGCGGGAGAAUGCACCUGCCAUAAGGUUUGUUCGAUCAAGUGGUAGCGGGAGAAUGCACCUGUCGUGGGGUUUGGCUUGCUCGUGUUUGAAGCGGAAGAAGGGACCUGCUACGAGGUUUGCUUGAUCGCGUUGAGGCGAUGGACUGACCGAGGCGUAGUCGGCAAGGGCUGGUUGAAAUUUAGUCGGCAAGGGUUGGUCGAAACUUAGUUGCAAGGGCUGGCCGAAACUUAGUCGGCGAGUGCUGGUCGAAACUUAGUCGGCAAGAGUUAGCCGAGGCUUAGUCGACGAGGGCUGGUCGAGACUUAGUCGGCAAGAGCUAGUCUAGGCUUAGUCAGCGAGGACUGGUUGAGGCUCAGUCGGUGAGGACUGGUCAAGGCUCAAUCGGCGAGGAUUGGCUGAGACUUAGUCGACAAGGACUGGUCGAGGCUUAGUCGGCGAGGGCUGAUCGAGACUUAGUUAGCAAGGAUUGGUCGAGGCUUAGUCAGCUAGGAUUGGUCGAGACUGGUCGAGACUUAGUUGGCCGAGACUGGUCGAGACUUAGUCGGCUGGGACUGGCCGAGGCUUAGUCGGCAAGGAUUGGCUGAGUCGAGUUGGGAAGGCAUCUGUAUACGGGAAGCUUCAUCUUCAUGCGGGAAGUUAAAUCUGUGGCAGCUGCUGGCGCGCCCUGACUCUUUUUGACGUGGCAUCUUCGUCCUCAUGAUGAGAUGCUGCGUCGUUGCCCGUUGAGAGGCCAGUUCUGUGGGCAUAAUGUUUGAAUAGUCGCGUCGAUUCGUGGGUCCGCGUCUGUUUUUAUAAGCUUUGGCUGUAGAGCUUAGCGGACUUUGUCUUUGAUUUGGUUUCUCCCAUCUGGCGCUUGGGAUGCUCUUGGGUCCUUCUGGUACUUUUUGUCUCAAUUUUCUCCAUUGCUCGGCUGUUCCAUCUAGUCUAGUCCCAGGAUAUCUUCUUCCUCAAACUAGACGGUGACCUCUCCCAUGGGGAUGCCUUCUUCUGAUGAUAACCUUCCUAUUGCCUUUCGUCGGACCUCCAAGCGUCGGCGGGGGGCGAAGAAGUCAGCCACUUCCUUGCGAAACGUGGUCGACGUGAGCUCCUCUUCGGGGAGCCAACCCUUCAAUGCUCCUUCAAUCUCUCAGGACUUCGGGGAGACCCAUGAUUGCGGUUUCGUGGUAACCUCUUGACAAUUGGAGGAGACCCAUGAUUGCGGUUCUAUGGUAACCUCCCGGCAACUGGAGGAGCUAUAGGACCGCUUCCAGGUCCCACCAGAGAUUAUCCUCGCUGUGCCCAGGUCCAUCAAUUCUGCCGGGGGUUUUGCCUCUCCUUGGAUGCUUUAGAGGCGGGCUCGCGUCUCCCCCUUUCUCCCAUGGUGGUUGCCUGCUUGGGGUAUUGGUGGUUGCCUGCUUGGGGUAUUGGUGGAUUUCGCGGUCUCAGAUGGCGCCCAACUCUUAUCGUUUCGUGAGGGCUUUCCUCAGGGCAUGUGAUCGCACGGGGAUGGCGUUGUUUUGCGAGCUGCUCUGCUCGUGCUUUCGGUUGAGCCGAGGAUCGAGUAGCUACUACCUGUCUCAUAGUGCGGGAUUCAUAAUCAGCGGGGCGAACUCUUGUGCAAAGGGGUGGAGGGGUCAAUACUUCGUUGUCGAUGGUGAUGGCGACUGGGGCUUCCUUGUAGCGUGGGGGGCGCAUAUCGUUGAUAAUGCACUGCCCUCCCUAUCUGUGGUGGAGGCCAAGAGUCUGGAGAAAAUACGAGAGCUUUUUGCCUCAGGGGCCAUAGAGCGAUAGGAGGUUGUUUGAUGGAGGUCGCCUCUUCACCGGCUUCAUCUGGUAUGGCUAUUCCUUUUGUUCUUCCACCGCUGCAUCUUUUCGAUGUGCUUCCGACAUUAACAUGGUAUUCUCCGAGCAAGGGUGGACCUCCGGGUGAUGAAGAGAUCGUGCCUUUUGACUCCUACCUCCGGACUCGGCGAGGGGAUGUCAGCGGGCAAGCGGCCAGCAUGGGCUCGAGGUUCCCCCCACGACCCCUCCAUCAAAGCCUCCGGGGGUCCUCCUAGAGCAAAGCCGAAUCCUUUGGUUAAAAUUCCACUUUCUCUAGCGUCCUCUGCUAGGGAUCUUGAUCCCGCGGUUGUACGGGAUCGCGAUCCCGUGGUUAGGGCUUUCUUGAGGCCCUUGUCUGAUCUGGCCCCUGAGCCUCCGGAAGAAAUUGUUGCUAGGCCGGCGCCGUCCUCGUUUCUGGUUGUUGAUGUUGCAACGUUUGGGAUCAUGGCUCCAAGCCUGGCAUUGGCUGGGCUAGUGUAUCGUUGCUCGACGGAGGGGUUGGCGGAUCUUUGCUUCCGCCAUGAAGUCCUGUCGUCGACCCCUUACGGGACGCAGGGGUGCUGAUCAGCCAGUUCUCAUGAGCCAACGUUGCAUUGCGAGCCUAGUCAGAGCGGGCGAAAGAGGAGAAGAUGACUGUGAAUAUUUGAGUCGUAGAGCUAUCAUUGCUAAAAAAAUGAUCUGAGUAGUUAAAAAAUGAAUAUAGA